AUGGAGUCCCAGCUAGCAAACCUUCACCUCGAUGGCGGCUCCAAUGCCGCAGACCUCAAACAAGGCUCAAGACCAUCACACGCCCAAGCACCCAGCAGACUUGUCCACCCAACAAACUCCUCCAUGCGUCCUCUCGCUCCCUCCAGCUCCGUUGCAACCAACAUGGGCAUGAACAUGGGCGUAAACAUGCAGCACUUUAACCGUAUCGCUGCUUCAGGUAUGGCUGGCUCGGCAGUAUCCUCCACCGGACUCGCCAACUCGAACAAUAUCGCACAAAGUACGAACCGCAGCACCGCUGCUCAACAGCAAUCUAUCAAUGGCUCACGUCCAAGCACGCAACAAGCGCACAGCAGCAGCGUUAAGAGCAGGCCGCCUAGUGUUGCUGGCACCAGCUCGUCCCACCGCCCUACCGCUGCAGCACCGCCAUCAAAACAGCCGGGCUCAUCCAAAGCAACCGCUCCCACCGCCGCAGCGCCCGGAGCAGCCGUCGUCGAUCUGGGCCGCUACGAUGGAGGCCUAGAACGAGACGAAGCUCGAGGACGUCGGGGUACAAUGCAAUUCGACCCUCUAAGCCUCUCCUCUGCUGACUGCGGAAAAUCUCAUCCACCAACGCGACAAUGGUCGAUGAACGACUUCGAAAUGGGUCGACCCCUCGGCAAAGGUAAAUUCGGUCGUGUAUACAUGGUCCGUACGCGUGGAGGACCCAAUAAAGGCUAUAUCAUCGCAUUGAAAUGCAUGUACAAAAACGAACUUGUCGAGAACAGAGUCGAAAAACAACUACGAAGAGAGAUCGAGAUUCAAAUGAACCUUCGUCAUCCACACAUCCUAAGAUUGCACGGUUAUUUCCAUGAUGAAGGGAGAGUGUUUUUGAUGUUGGAAUUUGCAGGGAGAGGGGAGUUGUAUAAAUUGAUGAAUAAGUUACCUGAUAGAAGGUUUGAAGAGAAAGUUGCUGCUACCUACAUAGCACAAAUGGCCGACGCACUAUCCUAUCUUCACAGCAAACAUGUUAUACAUCGCGAUAUUAAACCGGAGAACCUUCUACUCGGCAUCAAAGGCGAUCUCAAAAUCGGUGACUUCGGUUGGAGCGUCCAUGCACCAGGAAAUCGUCGUCAAACACUUUGCGGUACACUAGACUAUCUUCCACCAGAGAUGGUCAACGGCGAACAACACGAUAAAGCGGUCGAUCUCUGGGCACUGGGUGUACUGUGUUAUGAAUUCUUAGAGGGGGUUCCGCCGUUUGAGGAGUUGGAGAACGCUCCAGCGGGAACAUAUAGGAGAAUCAACAAUAUCGACUUUAAGAUCCCUCGUCAUUUUAGCCCGGAGGCUGCUGACCUUGUUCGUGCCCUGCUCAAGAAGAAACCAGACGAUCGAUUGCCUCUGACAAAGGUGCUAAGGCAUCCAUGGAUCAUGAAGUACGAUCCGGAUGCUUGUCGUCGUGCUUCUCGCGGCAAGAUUCAGUAG